GUUAAUGACAAAUCUUUAUCAUUGUGUGUCUGAGUUUGAAGCGAGUAACUCGUUAGCUUAAGUGAUAAAGACGUGAAGAUGAUCGAGACUAAAGUUCCGGCGUUUGCUGAGUUAAGCGAAUUCGCAAGCCUAGGGUCAGGCGGAGAAGUGGUGUUCGCAACAGACGAUUUCUUCGCAACAUGCGAGAAUAUGAUAGCAGAUAGUGAUCCAAUAUUCAUAGAAGAUAAGUACACGGAGUACGGCAAGUGGAUGGACGGGUGGGAGACCCGGAGGAAGAGGAUUGCUGGCCAUGACUGGUGCAUCUUAAAGCUGGCUACGAAGUGUGUUGUUCGUGGGUUACUAAUUGACACAGCAUUUUUUACUGGGAACUAUGCGCCGAAAUACUCCAUACAGGCUGCCUGCUUAACCCCUGAAGAAGAAGAAUCGAUACCAAAGAGGAUCUCUGAAAUGGGUACGGCGUGCAACAAAUUCGACUUGAAACAUAUCGAACGACUUAAGUCUGACAAAUGGGAUGAAUUAGUGCCCAUAACAGCCCUGCGGCCAGGGUAUGAGGAGACCAGACUUAAUUUCCAGAAGGUACUGAGUGACGACGCUUGGACUCAUAUUCGUGUGAAUAUUUAUCCGGAUGGAGGGAUUGCUCGUCUCAGAGUGUUCGGGGAAGCGAAACCCGAGCUGCCUACGAGAAAUCAAAUUAUAGACCUAGUGUCUCUGCUAAAUGGUGCCGCUUGUCAAGGUUUUUCGAAUGCCCACUACGGGCACCCAAAAAAUGUAAUCAAGCCUUCAAAAGGCAAAUGUAUGUCUGACGGUUGGGAGACGGCGAGGAGAUUGGACAGACCUAAUAUUAUUGAGGCUAAUGAUGAUGGGACCAUGAAGACUACAGGUCAAGAAUGGGCGGUCUUCAAAUUGGGCUUCCCGGGGCACAUUAAGCAAAUUUGUGUGGACACCAACCACUUCAAAGGCAAUUAUCCUGACUCCGUGAAGAUUGAGGGGGCGUACUUAGGCCGGGGUGACUGGUACCCAGAGAUUGAUGCCAACUGGCAUAAUAUUUUGAAGCCUAGUAAGCUAUCGGCCCAUAACGAGCAUUGGUUUGACUGUGAAUCGGAUGUCAUCACACACAUUAAAGUAACGAUGGCACCAGAUGGCGGGUUCAGCAGAAUUAGAACGUUUGGUUAUAUCAGUGAACAAAUUAUUUGAGAGUUUAGGUACAUACAUGGUUGGAGUAUAUAGUAAUAUGUAAUCAGGCCUUUCAUUAAAAAGGCAGAGAUGUUUUCAACGAUCACUUUUCACCAGUUAUUUCUUUAGAACCGUUAUCUCAUAACUUGGAGCCCUUUGCAACUAUUGGAAAGAAUUUCGAAAAUCGAAAUCCCGAUCUAGGAAUAGAAGUUAAAACCUUCUUGGUAGAAUUAAGACCAUUUGUAUAUUAUGUAUCUAUAGUUAGCUUAGAAAUGAAUUUGUAGCUAGUAUUCCCGACUAUGCAAUGUACAAUGUCGCGGAAACCCAAGUAGUAGUUCCAAGGGCUAUUGUACAGAUGAGAACAGUCGUACUUGCUUCGUACGACAUAGACUUAGACGCGUCGCUACGUAACAUUAGAGCUAAAAUUCAGAGAAGCAAAACUGUGUAUUGUUAUAAGAUUCAUGUUAGAAGAUUUACAUAAUAUUUUAUGCUGUGAAACAAAAUGUAAAUAUGAUUUUGUAUCAUAAUUGUGUUCAGAAAUUAAUAAUGAUUUUCGGCUUAUUUAGAGCCCUGUCAUGGCUUGAAAUCAGUCUACUACUAAUCACUCUAGCUACUUUGCUAAACAGUUAAGUGAGUAAAUUGAGAAAUAUAAUUAUUUAUGUUGCUUAAAAUGUUUCUAACUUUUGUUUGGGCUAGCCAAAAAUGACUUUUGUAAAUAUUAAUAAUUAUAGUGUUAUGUAUGUAUUACCGUCCUGUAUUAUGUAGAUUCUAAGUAUUAGUAAGUUGAGUAGAAUUUAUUUAAAUGUCUUGUAAUAUAGAUCUGUUCUUGGAAUUGAAAAUGAUUUAGAGGAAUCUGUUUUUAGAUGUUGUUGUUAGAACAUUGUUUUAGAUGUAGAAUUAUUUGAAAAUUAUUCUAACAAAUGUGGUUCCUAAACGUAAAAUAAUAUGAAUAUUUAAUGUAUUUGUAUUAAGUACUAAGUAACUACAAUAGAAUGUAAGUAACAGAAAUAACUUAGUCCAUGAUUACUUUGAAAGUGUAAUAUAAUAUGUGUGUUUUAGUUUAUUUCCUAGAGUAUUUAGAAUACUUGAACAAACUUUACAAACUUCUGAAUAUUUUAUCAAAAUAUCGGAAAUAAUAUUAUCUUUCAAGUACUCAUUUACUAAUGUUUUCAAGUAUUAUUAAUAAAAUAUUUAUGAUGAUUACUGAA